AUGAACAGCAAGCUCCUGUCGACUUCCCCCUCCCUCCUCCUUCUCCUUCUCCUCGCCGCCCCUGCAGCCCCUGCCAGCGCGUCAGCUCCCUCGUACUCCCAGUGCCAUGUGCAGGCUGAUUGCAGUGACAAGAGUUACCCCAUUUGUCUGCCCCUCUGGAGCGACACGGGGUUGACUCAAUCUGCAGACACCAAAGAGCCCUACACCUUUGUCGGUGUGUGUGUGCAAUGCACAACUGACUUCGACUGCGAUCUGGAUCAGUAUUGUGCGCAAGACCUUUCCCUGUCCCAGAUUUCAGGCGCUUUCGAAAACUUGGGCAAGUACAUCGCGGCUGAUCAAGCGAAAGUGAAGCAGUACUAUGGCGUCUACAAGGACUUGAAAAUCAGAAGCAUCUGCAAGAAGAGAGAGCUGCCGGACGGACAUGAUGACUUGUGCAAUACGAUUGACGAGAUCCGCCAAGGCCUGGUCUCGAAUGUCUACGAGAACAAGAUUUACAACAACAGUUACUACGUCUAUAGUGGUUACUACUACAGGUUGAUCCAUGAGAGAAACAAGAAUCGCUUCUGUGGGAAGUUUAUCCCCAACGCCUUUCAGACGAGCCAGGAAAUCAGUUGCAUCAAUGACGGUACCGGGACUUGCAGCAAGGAGAAGACGGCGAUCCCCCAAUUCUACCAGGCCGCGUCCAUCUGCCUCCCGGAGUCCGUCAGCAAGGACUUGACUAUACAGCAGAAGUGCAUGGAGUCGGGUACACUCAGUGGCGGCGGGUUCAGCUUCUACACGAGCGUGAUCGACUGGCAAGGUCACUGUGUGAACAACAAGUGCUACGAUUGUCUCCACGGCGACACCUACUCUGGGUCGGGCAAGCCGCGCGUUUGUGUCAACGGGAAGUGGAAGCUCCGAUACGACAGCGACAUGCUGGGCUACGAGCAAGGCUAUGACAUGUUGAAGGAGAAUAUCCACCUGCAGACCCAGAUCGCCAUCACAGUGUUUGCAGCCUUGUGCUGGGCUGUGGCGGUUUGGUGCGCAGUGUUGCUUAUGACAAAGCCAGCGAUGCCGGCUCAGCAAGCUUCGGCGGCAUCGCAUACGGAGCGCGCAGGCGCUAACAUAGCGCAAGUUGUACAAUGCCAGGGCCACGUAUCCGAUGAUUGA